AUGUUAUUGUCACAACAGACUACAGCGGAAGGCUACGAUUUACGAAAAUCCGAGAACAGCAAACGAAGAGAUUUGCAGGGCUUGAGAGGGAUUGCAAUCCUUUUCGUGCUCGUGAUGCAUUUACGACCAAACUUCUAUCGUCUUGGAUUUGUCGGCGUGGACAUAUUCUUUGUGCUGUCUGGCUACCUCAUGGCUAGAAUACUUCUUCGGAAAAACUUUACAAUGGAUUCUGUCUUUGUUUUUUACUGUCGCAGGUUCAAAAGGAUUGUGCCUUUAUACAUGGUUACGGUUCUUAGCAUAUACAUGUAUGGAUAUUUUUACAUAUUCCGUAUCGAUCGCAAACAAAUAUUUGACGAUCUCGUUUGGGCGUGCGCGUACACGUCCAAUCUGCAGCCAAUUUUCCAAAAGGUUGGAUAUUGGGAUCAGCUAUCGGCAUACAGAUUUUUUAUGCACACUUGGUCCCUCGGAGUUGAACUGCAGUACUAUCUCAUCGUACCUCUGCUUAUGGGCAUUGCAUCCUGCUGCAAGCAUAAAAUUCGACUAGUAUUCUUCCUUUCUCUGGUAGCUAGCUCUGCCUUCUUCCAACUCUGCAGCCCACCCAAUAUAUCUUACGGAUUCUUACUGUCUCGAAUAUGGCAGUUUAUGUGUGGGUCGAUCGCGUAUGAGUUUAGUAGACAAGAUUCACCAGAUGCAGUGCAUGAAUACAAACUUCUUCUGGAUCAAGACUGUGGAGAGCAGAAAACACGCGCAGUCGAUCGAGCCUCCGAAACAAAUUUGCGAAUCAAAUCUCUUGUUACCUAUAUCUGGCUUGUAGCGUUGGUGGUAGCAGUGUUAAUCAGUCCAAAGAGGAUUUCUGAUGAUACAGCGAGGGUAUGCGCAACAUUUAUGGCUGGAAUAAUAAUCUAUCUCAAUGCAAACGUGUUUUGUCUCACAAAUAACUACCUUGUUUACUGUGGAGAUAUAUCUUAUGUUUUAUACCUUGUUCACUGGCCAAUCAUUGUGGCAGUGCGGUAUUGUUGGGAUUCACAGACGCUAAGCGUCACCGGUGUUCUUAUCGUUGUAUUCGUCAGCUUUACGAUAUCAGUAGCAGCUCACCACACGCUUGAAGACUAUUUCAUGAAAAAGGGUGUUGUGCCAGCCCUCAUAUGUGUUAUUGCAUGCUAUGUAUGUAUACUUGGCUCCAAGCAAAUCUAUCUUCAUGCUCCACCAUUAGAGAGCAUCAACCCGAACACAUCAAAAAUUGAGUAUGCUAUUGAAUGGAACAUCAGAGAGUUCAGCAGAAGAAUUGAUUUGCCUUGCGGAGAAGAUGACACAGAAGGAUAUGCCAAAUUUAGCGGAGGAAGUCAAUGGCGAUGCGUUGCGGUAAGCAUAGCUGGUGCAGAGUAUCAAGGGCAAAACGGGCAAAAAGGUGGUGAAGGGCAAGAAUUAAGCAUACACUACCUUAUCAUGUGUCAGUAA